AGAAUCCGAAACCAUAGGUGUUAUAUAUUGUUCAUUCAAAUAUUUGCGAUAUGACGUUACAAGUCGAGUAGUCUUGAAUGCAGCAUCUUUUCAUUUUCUCAAUGUGAAGUGACAGGGCUAUAACAAUUCAGUCCUACAGAAUUGAUCCAGAAUGCAUUAUUUUAAUUUUCCUACCUGGCAGAAGUUGAUUUUGAUAUGUGCUUUCAUCAGAGAUAUCCAAGGAGAAUCAAGGAAUGUUAUGUCUCUAGUCAAGCAAUACAAUACUACGAUUCAAGAUGACAUUAACUUAUCAGACGAUGGAAAUAACAAAACAGAAAUACACACAAACUUCGAUUUCAUUCUGAAAAUACAAUUUAUACUGGAUGCGAAUAAAAUCAUACCUUAUUUGAGAGACGAAGUAUAUGAGAACCACGAGCAAUAUAAUAUAACCGUACAAGAUUUCGUAGAUCUAUGGAAUCUGACAGACUACACGAUGAGAGAUCUGAUGGAACUAGCCGAAAUUUCAAAUAUUCAAUUCAACUCGAAUAGUCUUCGACAACUACUUGAUGUAGCAGAUUUAACAUUCAGCGACUAUUACACAGAAAUAAAAAAAAAUAUUAAUAACACCCAACUGAUGGAUAUGCUUCAAAUACUCAACAUAGAUGUAGCUAAAUUUUCUGCUGCUAUAACUUUUGGAUCAGAAAGUAAUAUCUAUGAUGCCUUGAAACCAGGUAUAUACACUUGGGACAGGUUUGAAGAAGUUUAUAAUCGUACUGGAUUGGAUUUACCAACACUUAGCAAAAACCUAAUAUUGAACCGUAUCGUCACAAGAAAUAUAAAGAAUUUGAUCCAAAAAAUACCAAUUUUUGACAAAAUUAUGUUUCGGAAAGUUUGGGAUAAGAUGAACAUAACCACUUACGAUAUAUACAGAGUUGUGAAUUUAAGGAGAAUAGUUGACCAUAUUCAUGAAACUCUGCAGAAAAAUAUCAUUUUAGGAGUGGCUAUAAGUGAUCAUGAAGUUAUAAUGCAUGAACGAAAACUUGACAAUUUUAUGGAAUUCCUGAAUAUAUCCGGAAUUUAUGGUGAAUCUAGUACCAGCCAUAAUAUUUAUGAUAAUAUGACAUUGAUAACAACACAGAUGAGGAAUGUUGUGGGUCUCUGGAGCAACGAUUCCAUUAGUGUAAAAACUGAGAUUAUGGAUCGAGUUUCGAAUGAUUCUAUCUCAUCUUGUUUCUAUAUAAACAAUGAUAUGACUGAAAACAAUGUGACAGUGGCCAAUAUCACUCAAGAUAAUGUUAGUGUUAUUGUAGACAAGGAUACUCAAUUCAAUCUUGGAAAUCCGUUGGUUUGCGAUGGUAAAUUGUUGGGAUUAGCAAGAAAUGUUACGGCCGAUAAUGCUUUUAUUUUCGAUACUUUCUUCAAAUCUGCUACCGACUUGAGUAAUAGCAGUAGAAGGUUAGGUAUGAACUUUUUCACAGUUUUAUGCAUACUCUUAUUCAGUUUACUAUUCUGAAAAUUGUGUGAAUAGUUAAGUUUGUUAUGGAUUGUAUUUUAGUAUGAUGUGAAUUAUGUAAAUAAAAAACCGUAAACAAAGUAUAAAAUGAUGUGAAUAUGAAAGAAUCUGUUACUUAAUGAAAAACAUGUGAUAAAUACAUUUAAAAUAAAAUAUAAAACAGUAAAUAAAUUGAGAUUCAAAUAAAAAGUAUCUAAUU